AUCAGCUCGUGGUUGAAGCAAGUCAACCAGUUUGAUCAUGGCUGUGAACGUCCCAGGAGUGAUAGCAAUGGUGUUCUUUUACCUGCUGGUUCUGGGAACUGGCAUCUGGGCUUCUUUCAAGUCCAAAAGGGAGGAGAAGAAAAGUGCAGCCACUGGAAUGGAUAUGGCUCUGCUGGGAAAUAGGAGAAUUAGCUUGGUGGUGGGAAUCUUCACAAUGACAGCAACAUGGGUCGGAGGAGGCUUCAUCACUGGCACAUCUGAGAUGAUGUGCACACCCUCUUUGGGACUAACCUGGACAUUAGUGAUGAUGAUGGCAUUAUCCUCCUCCUUUAUAAUCGGUGGUUUGAUGUUUGCUCAGCCAAUGAGAGAAAGAAACUUUGUGACAAUGCUGGACCCGUUUCGUACCAAAUAUGGUAAAGGACUGACAACUGGACUGUGCCUGGCUUCCCUAGUCAUGGAUGUGGUCUGGAUACCUACAACACUUAUUGGUCUAGGCGGAACCAUGACUGUGGUCCUGGAUAUACCAUACUCUGUGUGCAUCUGGAUCUCUGCCGCAAUCGCCAUUAUCUACACACUUCUGGGAGGUCUCUACUCUGUGGCCUACACAGAUAUUAUACAGCUUGUCCUCAUAUUCUUUGGCUUGUCUAUCUGUAUUCCUUUUGUAUUCAUGAAUCCUUCCACAUUGGACAUAAGCCAGGCACUCAUGAACAACACCCAACAUGAUGCUUGGAUUGGUAGACAAGGGCUGGAGAAGAUCUGGAUAAUGAUUGAUAAUUUCUUAUUCCUGACACUUGGAAAUCAGGGAUAUCAGUGCUUCCAUCAGAGGACCUUGUCAGCUUCUUCCCCGUUCACAGCCAAGCUAACAUGCUUUGCUGCUGCGUUUGUGGUAAUUCUAUUUGCGAUACCUUCAGCACUGCUUGGGGUGGCUGCUGCAUCUACAGAUUGGAACCUGACUUCCUAUGGUUCUCCAUCUCCAUAUGAACGUGGGGAAGCAGCUUUAGUUUUGCCCAUCACCCUGCAGCAUCUUACCCCGUCUUUCAUCUCCAUUAUUGCUAUCGGAUGUGUGGCUGCUGCAGUGAUGUCAUCUGCUGACUCUGCUUUGCUCUCAGCAGCUUCUGUAUUCAGCUCCAACAUAUACAAAAACAUCCUAAGGCCUCAGGCAUCAGACAGAGAGAUUCAUUGGGUGAUUCAAGUGGCUGUUGUAGUUGUUGGCUUGGUUGGUACAUCACUUACCAGCCUGAAAAGCAGCGCCAUAUUGUUUUGGUUCCUUGGUAAUGAAGUAGCUUACGUGAUCAUCUUCCCUCAACUCUUCUGCAUCCUCUUCUUCAACAUCUCCAAUGGUUAUGGGGCAAUCAUGGGCUUUCUGGUGGGAUUGGUGUUAAGACUUCUGUGUGGAGAUCCAUCACUUGGAUUAACACCAGUCCUACACUUCCCAGGAUGCACUCUUGAGGAUGGUGUUUAUGUCCAGUAUGCUCCAGUUAAGACCAUCUCCAUGCUGUCUGCCGUUGCUGCCAUAUUGAUUUUCUCCUACCUGGCUUCUGUGCUCUUCAACAAAGGCCUGCUCCCUGAAAAAUGGGAUGUGUACAAAGUGAAAGCCCAGCACUCACCACAACCAUUGCCACCAAUAGAUGACACAAGUUCAUUACCUAAUGAAAAUGAGAAAAAUAAUGAAAGCAACUCACAUACCGAGGCAUUAGAACCAAUGAUAAGCACAACAAUGUAGUAGUGUAUUCAGGACCACAAAUUUACUAUGAACUAGUUGAUUAUAAGCAUAUCCAGUUAAUAGCAUACUGGGUAUGUGUAUUGUAAACUACUGUGGAAGGAAGUCAAAGAUUUCCCAGAUAAACAUCUUGAUAUUACUAAUUGAAGGUAAGUUAAGAAAAAAGUUGGUACAAAUGCUUUUCUCAUUUCCUGUCAAGUUCUACUGUUACAAAAACAAAAUUUCCCUCCCUUUCUAAAUGUGAUAUUCCUUAUCUUUUAUUCUGACAAGUUUUCUGUUUACAUUGCUUGUUGCUGCUAAAUAUAUCAUUUUUAAAACAAGUAACCCCAAGCAAUAUUAUCCUAGAUUUUCAAUUGGAUUAAUUGAUGUAUUUAUUUUAAUUACAGGAUAAAAAAAAAAAAUAAAAAAAAAGGAUAAAGGAUAAAGUUAAAGGAUAAAAAAAUCAGUCUAUCUGCAAAUACAUUGCUGUUUAAACACUCGACAACUCAAAACCUUUUAAUUAAGAAAAUAUUUGCCCAGAAUGAGGCAGAAGAAAUAUGUUUAAGUUGACUUGAUUGAAUUGGUCAACUCUUAAAGUUGACCUGAAAUAUUUGUAUGUCUUUCCUAUGUUAAGUGUGUGUUGGAUUGUACCCACAUGAGGCGUAUAAAAAUGUGAGUGUAUGUGUUUUGGCAACAGUACAUAAUUGCACAAUCUGUGAACUGUGGCGCAGGGUGUCCUAGCAGACGUGCAACAGCAUGCUACAAGAAGGCAAGGCAAGGCAAGGCAAGUUUAUUUCUAUAGCACAUUUCAACAAGGCAAUUCAAAGUGCUUCACACAAGACAUCAAAAGCAUCAUGACAGAGGAAAGAAAAGAAACAUUAAAAUAGAACAUAAAAGAAAAAAAUCACUGGAAUUAUUCAAUCUGAACAUAGGUUCAAAUAAAAAUUAUUCAAAUGAAAUUAAUUGAAAUAAAUAAAGUAAAAAUAUAAAAAGAGUUAAAAGUUACAGUGCAGAGUUAAAAUUAAAAAUCGUAUUUAAAUUGUUUAAUGAAAGGCAGCUGUGAACAGGUGUGUCUUCAACCUGGAUUUAAAAGAGCUGAGAGUUUCAGCAGACCUGCAGUUUUCUGGGAGUUUGUUCCAGAUAUAAGGAGCAUAGAAACUGAACGCUGCUUCUCCAUGUUUGGUUCUGACUCUGGGGACAGAGAGCAGACCUGUGUAAAGACCUCAGAACUGGACUGAAUGUGAUCCAUUUUCUUGGUUUUGGUGAGGACUCUAGCAGCAGCGUUCUGGAUCAGCUGCAGUUGUCUGACUGAUUUUUUUAGGCAGACCUGUAAAGACACUGUUACAGUAAUCAAGACGACUGAACAUAAAAGCAUGGACAAGUUUUUCCAGGUCCUGCUGGGACAUCAAUCCUCUAAUUCUUGAUAUGUUCUUCAGGUGAUAGUAGGCUGACUUUGUAAUUGAAGGCAACAUACCUGCAACAUCAGGACCAACAAAAACCAAACAACAGUCUCACAGUACUUCGUACCUCAAGCAUCCACGGAGGCUUCAUUAAUACAAUAAGAAAAUUGUUCAAUACAAUAUUGAUAGUAUUAUUUAUGAUUUCAUGAGAAAACAACAAAAAAAGACAGACAGAAGAACAGAAUAAAUUAAUCAAAUUUUUACUGUUUAUGUAAUUAAAAUUGAUAUAAUUGUACACGGUCCAGCAUGCAGACACAUACUCAAUCAAAAGAUUCUGCAUGAUUCAAAAAUUGGUAAUCAAUUGUGCAUACAUAACUGUAUCAGCCUUUACACUGAAGUUUUACAUUUGCAGAUUAUUUCUGAAAACAGUGUUCAAGCACUUCAAACUUUAAGUAUGACUCUUAAUAAUUUAUUAAAACAAUGUUUUAAUCAAAAGGAUGUUUUACCGGUUAUGAGUGAGAGUGUAGUGAGUCUGUUGUUACUCUUUCUGUAGCUUUGACAUUGGAGCAGCAAAAGGCGCUGUUGUCGUUGCAAAUGGAGAGAAAUAAAUUGGGCAUUGAAAGGGGAAGGCUUAGGCAGUACUGGUCAGAUCUUAUCAAGGCUGGUAGAUUGUCAGGUAAUGCUGUUAAUGAGUUUUCAGGUGAGCCUGUAGCAUCGGUUGAACAAGGUUCAAAGACGUCUGAUGUGGUUGUUAACUUGCAUCUUGCACCAAAGUUUGAUGAGAGAGCCUUUCUUCUCUCUUUUAUCAGCGUGUUGCCAAUGGGAGUGGAUGGCCUGAAGCUGACCAGGUAGUUAUGUUGCAGUCAGUUUUAUCAGGAAAGGCCCAGGAAGCUUAUUCAGCACUCAGCACAGUAUACAGUCAAAUAUUCUACUGUUAAAGAAGCAGUUUUGAAGGCUUGUGAGUUGGUAGCAGAGGGUUAUCGGCAACGUUUUAGGUCCUUGAGAAAGUCUGAUAAGCAGUCACAAGUUGAGUUUGCAAGGGAUCGAACUAAACAUUUCAACAGGUGGUCCUCUGUUUAAAAGGUUAACACACUGUUAGAACAGUUUACAGAUUGCAUUCCACCCGAGGGAGCUUCUCAUAUCGCUGAGCGAGUUGUAAAAACUGCUUAUGAAGCUGCCACUCUGGCAGACGAGUACGAGAAAAAAAAUCUCUCUCAGAUAAUGCUAAUGCUAAAGUUAAUGGUCAUCUGGCAAAGAUGUCUCGGUCUGAGUCUUCUAAGAUGAACCACGUGGCCAACGUUCAGUUGUUUUGGGUCUAGUUUGUAAUUAAUGCCAUGAAAAGGGGCAUUGGAAGGCUGAUUGUCCUAACCUGAAAAGCAGAAGGCACACCCACUGUAAAUAUGUUGAUGCUCUCUGUGUUCCUGUUAGAGAUGUUCCAGUUCAGACAGGACCACUUUGUCAAGAAAAUGACUUUAUUGCAAUUAUAUAUAUUUGGCGGUAUGGCUCUGUCUGGGAUCUCCCUGCCCUUCCUUACGUGGAAAGCAUUAGGCAGGAACAGCACACAUUCCUGCCCUUCCCGUGCAUACAAGGAAAGCUAUAAGGCAGGGAGAUGAGCAGCAAACCCAAACAGAGCAAGCAUCAAUGACAAGCAUGACAUUGAUUAAGUCAGAAUAGCAGAAAAGAAGGACCUGGGGAAGAGGAGGGAUGCAAAUGCGGCUUUGCAGAGGAACUAGGCAGGCUAGAGCAGUUUAAAUAAGGCGGCAUAUGUACUAUUUGGCCAAUAGGACGCUUUGAAGCAAAUCAGCUGGACAUCAGCUGAUGCGGCUUGCGUGAGAUCAGCUGUUACCGGAACUCUGGCAUGAUAGUUGAGCGUGACUCUGUGACCUGCCUGAACUAACCCUAUGCUUCAUUUGUCUCAGAAAAUUUAGUUGAUUCAGUAAAAAAUGAAACUGAGAGGUAUUCUGGUUAUGAAGCUUUUUCUGUCAGAUGGGUUUGUAGCAUUCUGGGUGGUGAUAGUAAGGUGCCUGUUAAAAUCCUGUGAGAUACAGGAACAAAAUAUGAAUUAUCUUGCUUCUUGUCAUGAUUUGUUCUUAAGUUUUAUAUUUUGUUAAUUCCAGUGUUUAGUAUUCAUUACCUGUUUUUUUUUCAUCCCAUGGUGUUGCUUUAAUCCCUGUGUAAAGUUUCUAGUGCUUCCUGAUUUAUUUUCUUAUUUGAAUCUUAUUUGAAUCCUCAUGACUAUGACUAUAGCAAACAGGUAUACCGUGCUUCUCUUGCAAUGGCCAUGUGUUGUGAGGUAAAAUUCUCUAAGGGGAGGAAUUAGGGUCAGAAUAUCCUCAAAAAGAUACCAGUGAAGAUCAUCCCUCAACGGCCAGAAAAAAAAAAGACUACCCCCACACUGUGCAUACAUUUCCCUUGGCAGUGGGUUUCAUUCAUCUCUUGGAUAAUCCCUCAGUUGAUAGUGUGGUCAAAGCACACCAUUUCCUUACAACUUCUUGGCUGUGCCAUUGCACUUCUGCUGUGCUGUCUCUCAUUCGUAGGGCUGAAGGAAAGCACUGGGUUAGGAGUAUUUUUCCACCUGGUGGAGCCUCGUAGUGAUUGGUUACGUAAAAGGUCAUUAUCCAUCUUCUUAAGCGAUGGUCUUUGUACCCAAUACAGGGAGAAGGGUAAUUUCUUCCUGUUUAACACUGAAUUGAGAAAGAGAGGAUUUGAGAGUGGCACCUGGAAUUUUUUCUAAGCGAGCCUCUGCAACAGAGUUCCUGAUGGUGUUGGAGGGAUGUUAAACAACUCAGCUUGUAAAUACAGAGAAUGACGUCCCUAAUGCUGCCACACCCUACAGAGCACUACUGACAACUGGCACCACAGUGAAGCUUUUUUUUUUUUUUAAGAUUUAUUUUUGGGCUUCUUUGUGCCUUUAAUGGAGACAUAGGACAGGCUGGAUUCAAACCUGGGCCGCCCGCUUGGAAGAGUAUGGCCUCCAUACAUGGGACACGCUCACCAACCAUAACCGCUGCACCACCAGCGCCCCAAACCACAAUGAAGCUUUUAUGUCGAAACUGAUAACAUUUUGGAUGCAUACCGUAUCAUGCCAGCAACUGUCCCAUUGGUCCCAGGGACAAUGUGAUUACACCAGGUGGCAACCAACAGAAAAGGCCAUGUGAUCUCCAGGGAUGUAAGCUGUCUGUGUGCCACAUUGAACAACCUGUCCUGCGGUCUGUCAGCUCCACACACUACGCUGUAGUUCGCUGCCACGCUUGUCAAUCAUUGUGUUUCCACUCCGGAGCGUGCCACCAGCGCCACUACGUCUCUGCUCUGUUUCAAAUACGCUGCCAGUCUAUUUUCAACGGAGUACGCUGCAGGCACUUGUCAAGCUGGACAGAAUAUGACAACCCGGACAGGAAGUCAGACAAGGAAAUGCACUUAACGUGCAGUCAAUUUCCAAAUAAAACACAAUAUACAGACUUGUGAUCAUAUUUUUCAUCACUUUAUCAACAUUAUGUCAAAACAGGCACCAAACGGACAACAAAUCAUCCUCAGAAAGACAAAGCAACACGUUUGCACGUCUUUCUCUUCUCAUAAAUGUAUUGUCAUGAUGGUUCACGAGGUUCAACAAAGAAUUAUAUUCCAAGUUAAAUAUAAAGAAAAAACACAGUAGAAAGUUAUGUAGACCAAGAACUCUUUAUAUGUAUGAUUUUAUGAUUGUUGCUGUCAACAUGUUUACUCAUUUUGUGACUACACUAAACAAAGAUAAAUGUCUUUGAAUACAUAUAUCAAUACUAGACAAGUUAAAUAUAACGUGUACCAAAAAUCUGUUUAUUAUCUUAAUGUUAUCAUACUUUGUUUUUUGUCUGAGCUUUGAUUCAGCCAUUCUCCUCCAAAGGUGCAACGAGAACGUGAACAGCUCUGGUCAUGUGAAAAUUUCACACUAAACGUGCAACUGCACAUAUGUCAUUGAGAGGUUUUGUUUCGUCAGUUUUUCCUUGAAAUGCAUUGAUACGUCAUUUAAUAAAGUUUUUAGGACCCUUUUACUGAAAAGAUUUUUUUCUGUCACUGUUGUGUCCGAUGGGAUCAUUACAAUCAAUGUUCUCAGAGUGCAUGAUGGAGUAUGCUUGACAU